AUGGUGAGCGUCUUCCUUCUUCCCAUCAUAGCCCUUAUCCACGGACAUCACGCAGAAGGAAUAAUUGAUAUGAAGAAGCAAAGACUAAACAGCAGAAGCACCACCUAUAACCAAACCCUCAUCCGAUACACCACCAAAGUUCUUGAUACUAUUCUACUCAACCAGGACAAGAAUUUUAGACCAGUAAAUCCAGAUAACUCUCCGUUACAAGUCGAAGUGGAUAUUUCUGUCAGAUCAAUGGGACCGAUUUCGGAGCAAAAUAUGGAAUUCUCUCUCGACUGCUACUUCCGUCAAAAAUGGCUUGAUCGACGUCUCGCGUUCACUCCAAUCAAUCCAUCCAAACCAGAAAUUCCAUUGGCUUCGAAAAUGUUAAAGGAUAUCUGGGUACCUGAUACAUAUAUACGAAAUGGGCGGAAAUCUUAUUUGCAUACACUGACAGUGCCUAAUAUAUUGUUCAGAGUAAGGUCGGAUGGACAAGUUCAUGUUUCGCAGAGGCUGACCAUCCGUUCCCGCUGUCAAAUGUUCCUGAAAAAGUUUCCUAUGGACACCCAAGCAUGUCCCAUAGAAGUGGGAUCACUUGGCUACUUUUCCAGGGAUGUAAUUUAUAAAUGGAAGGAAGUAGAGCUGGACUCAAAAAUGGGAAAUAUGUUGAGUCAGUAUCAAAUCUUGUCUCUUUCUAAAUCAGAAAGGAAUGUCUCCGAUUUUCGGUUCGCCGAUAGAAACAUCUCCGUCCUGAAUGUCUAUUUCAAACUUCAACGUCAACAAGGCUACUAUAUCCUUCAAAUCUAUACCCCUUGCACUCUUGUAGUUGUCAUGUCUUGGGUGUCCUUUUGGAUUAAUAAGGAAGCAUCUCCUGCUCGAGUCUCAUUGGGUAUCAUGACUGUCUUGUCAAUGUCUACCAUUGGAUUUGGUCUCCGUACGGAUCUUCCGAAAGUUUCACAUUCAACUGCACUUGAUGUUUAUAUAUUAACUUGCUUCGUAUUCCUCUUUGCUGCUAUGGUAGAGUACGCUGUCAUCAACUACGCCCAAAUAGUUUACAUCAGGAAGCAAGUCCACGAUCUGAAGGGUCUUGAGCAGAACAGUGCGAUGAGAAUGUUCACUGCUGGACUGAUGGGAGCCCGACGGGACACCAUUCAAGUAGAUAAUCUUGCUGUGGAGAAAGAGGAGGCGAGACUGAAAGCAGUACCGUGGUGGAAGAAGUUGUGUAAUAAAGAUGAGCAAGGGAACACGUCAGUCUUUUACCGCAUGGCUGUCAAAGCAGCAAUCGCCAAAAAGACACUGAGGAAUGGAGACCCGGCGGAGGUCGUCAAUAAAAUCGACAACUUCUCGAAGUGGGCGUUCCCGACUCUUUACAUCAUAUUCAACGUGUUCUACUGGGUCGCAUAUCUGCAUUUAAUACCCGAUGAGAUUGAUAGUCUGCCGAAUAUUGCUGGAGGAUUGUAUUGA